AAUAAUAAAAUAAAAUAAUUUAAAAUCAAAAAUCAAAACAAAUAAAACAGUAAAAAAUAUGGCAGCUACACUUCCAGAACUUUGUCUACAUUUGAUAUUUAAAGAAUUAGAAAAAGAUUGGAAAGCACGGUAUACUUGCAUUCUAAUCAAUCGUCAUUGGUGUAUUUCAGCAAUUCCUGAGUUGUGGAAAGAUCCCUUUUCCUUUUGUUUUGAGUCUGGACAAAAAGAACGAUAUGUUCAACUUAUGGACUCUUAUAUUAAAUGUUUAUCUCAGGAAUUUCGAGAAUCCGUUGGAUUGGAUUCAACAGUAAAAGCUAUAUUCAAUUAUACAAGUUUUUUACAAAAAUUUUGGCUCAAUGACAUUUUGGCUACAAUAAAAGUUUGGCUUGAUACAAGUAUUUUUUUUGAGGAAAAAGUUAAAGGUUCAGCACUUUUAGAAAAAGAAUUUGAAAGGAAAACUGUACUCAAGAUAUUUAAAGCUUUAUGUGAAAAUUUCAUAAUUAAUUCAACAUAUAUGGAAGGAAUUUAUUUUAAUGAAGAACAAAUUAUGAAUAUUUUUGAAUUAACCCAAGCUGAAGAAAAUUUAUCCAAUAUUACAUGUUUAGAUUGCGUUAUUGUGGGAGAUGAAGUAGGACUUUUACCAACUAUUUUAUUAUCAGCUUCAAAAAUUUUAAUGAAUUUAAAAAAAAUUAUAAUUAUAUGGAUUAAUGAUAUUACUCCAUUGGAUCUUUGUGUAAAAAAUAUGGCACAACUUAUUAAAAAUCAAAAAAGAUUGGAAGAUGUGACGAUAUCAUGCUUAGAUUCUGAUUUCCCUAUUAUUUGGAAAAGUGUUCUAGAACAUUGUAAUGUUCUGACAUGUUUUUGUCUUAAUUUAAUUCAAUUUAAUAAAUCUGAUCCUUUUCCACUUCAUGAAUUGUCCAUAUUUUCAAAUUUACAACAAUUGGAAAUAACUUAUUGUAGUAAUUUUAAAUUUUCAAUCAAUGAUAAUGAUUUAUCAUUAUCUUUUCAAAAAUUGAAUAGAAUUUGCAUUAUAAUGGAUGAGGGAAAGGGAUUUCCACCUGAUUUCAUUAAGGUUUUAUUUAAACAAUCAAAUGAAAAAAUAAAAGAAUUAACAUUAUCUAUUGAUGAAUCAGAAACAAAAGAUAUCCUUUCUUAUUGUCAAGAUUAUUGUACCAAAUUAAUUGAAUUAACUUAUUCAAUUGAUAUUAAUUAUGUUAAUUUAUUUUCAUCUUAUUUAAAUACUUUGAAAUAUCUUGAAAUAUUAUCUUUAAGAUAUUUGGAAUUUAGUGGAGAAGAUUUAUUAAUUUUAAUUGGAGAAAAUUUACCCAAAUCUGUAAUUAAUCUCACAUUUAAUUUUGAAAAUUAUCUUCAAUUUAAUUAUCUAUCAAAACUUUUUAAAAUUUGUAAAGAAAAAGGAAUCAAAUUUAAAGUGUUGGAUUUUUCUAAUUGUUCUUUUUUUAACGAUCAUCAUAUCUGUUUAUUAUUAACUUAUUAUAAUAAUGGACAAUUAGAUAAAUUAUAUUUAGGAAACAAAAAGAAUUUUACAAAGAAAUAUAUCGAUGAUGUUAAAAAGCAUGUGGGAUUUGUUAAAUUUUCUGAAUAUCGUGCAAAGUAUCGGUUACCUGAUAUUGAAUAUAAUGAAUUAUAUUAAUUACAUUUUAUAAGAAUUAGUGUCGUUCAUUUUAUAUAUUAAAUAGUAUUUUUUUUUAAAAAAAAAAAUGGGAAAUGAAGUUCUAAUUCGUAAAUAUUUUUUGUUUCAUUUAAUUUUCGCGCUAUUUUU